AAAAGAACUAUAAAAAACCCGAGCAAAAUGCUGCUUUCGCUAAUUUACAGUCGCCUCAGUUAAAAGAAAAUGUGUAAGCCGUGUUCUGAUGUAUGCAUAAAUGAUCCUACAAAACUCUGGGAGGAAGGGAUCGUGCCAUAUAAGUUCGACAAUAAUGGUGUCUUCUGAACUUAUUCACUUUGUAAAUAAAGCAAUGGAAGAUCACCAUGUUUAGUCCAAUAAAAUUCGUCGAAAGAACGAAUCAAAUUGAUUACGUUAAAAUCGUUAAUAAGGGUGGCUACUGGUCUUAUGUUGGCAAGCAAGGAGGAGAACAGUUACCAAGGGUUGGCCCAUCCAAUCGGUAGUGCUAUGCACGAAUUAUUACACGCGUGUGGUAUGUACCAUGAGCACUCUCAUCCUGACCGAGACAAAUAUUUGUUCGUUCAAAACAACAGUUACGAUUACAGAAGAUAUGAGCCAAAUGACGUCAGGUGUUUCGGUAAUUAUGACUUUAAGUCAAUUAUGCAUUAUCAGGACAACGCGAAAUGUUAAGUGAAGGUGAUAUAAAGGCUAUCAAUAUGUUAUACCUCGACUCGACACCUGAUAUCCAAAGAGUGAAGAUAACCGCUUCAAAUGAGGAAAUGAAAUUGCAGUUUCUAUUAAAAAUAAAAUCGAAGAUAUUCCGGAGGAAAAGAUCCCAGUGAUGAGAGGAAGCCAAAAUAAACAAUUUCGAAAAUGGCGGCUGAUUUUUUAUUAUCUGUUUCUGAUGACCAGUUUUCGUAUAUGGAUGUUAUAUUAUUAUAUACAUCGUAUUUAUGUAGAUAGGAAAAUGUGACCAUAUAUAUAUAUAUUAUACUAAACAGUUAAAAACACUCCUAAAAUAAUUUGCUGUCCGUUAUUACUUAACUGAUGGGUCUUAAUAGAAUUAUAAUUAAAAGCAAAAAACCAACGUUGUUGAAAUCGGUUUAACUUGUUAAAUCACCAAGACCUAAAUUUAAUUUGAUACAAAGAGACUUU